UGCCAAUUGCAAGGUAUCAUGGAGAAGUCCUUGGCGGAGUUCAACAAGGCUGGGUCUCAGUCCAUGUCGUCGCUACCACCUGAGCCGGUGGACAUCGUCCGCAGCAAGUCGUGUUUCAGGAGGGUCCGCCUCAACGUAGGCGGCCUCCCACAUGAGGUCCUGUGGCGAACGCUGGACAGGCUCCCACGGACGCGUCUGGGCAAACUGCAAGACUGUAGCAGCCAUGAGUCUCUGAUGGAAGUGUGCGAUGACUACAACCUGGACGAGAACGAGUACUUUUUUGAUCGACACCCGGGAGCCUUCACGUCCAUCCUCAACUUCUACCGCACGGGAAAGCUGCACAUGAUGGAGGAGAUGUGCGCCCUGUCCUUCAGCCAAGAAUUGGACUACUGGGGCAUCGACGAGAUCUACCUAGAGUCCUGCUGUCAGGCCCGGUAUCACCAGAAGAAGGAGCAGAUGAACGAAGAGCUCAAAAGAGAGGCGGAUAAUUUAAAAGACAGAGAGGGGGAAGAAUUUGACAACACAUGUUGUGCGGAGAAACGUAAAAAACUGUGGGACCUCCUGGAGAAACCCAGCUCCUCUGUUGCUGCAAAGAUCCUGGCUAUCAUCUCCAUUCUCUUCAUCGUGCUGUCCACCAUCGCAUUGUCUCUCAACACUCUACCAGAGCUACAGGACACAGAUGAGUUUGGCCAAUCCACCGACAACCCACAGCUGGCCCAUGUGGAAGCAGUUUGCAUUGCUUGGUUCACCAUGGAGUACCUGCUCCGAUUCCUGUCUUCUCCCAACAAGUGGAAGUUCUUCAAGGGUCCUCUGAAUGUCAUCGACCUGCUGGCCAUCCUACCAUACUACGUCACCAUCUUCCUAACGGAAUCGAAUAAGAGUGUGUUGCAAUUCCAGAACGUGCGACGAGUGGUUCAGAUUUUCCGCAUCAUGCGAAUCCUGCGCAUUCUCAAACUUGCUCGUCACUCCACAGGACUUCAGUCUCUCGGCUUCACCCUUAGAAGAAGUUAUAACGAGCUGGGUCUACUCAUUCUUUUUCUUGCAAUGGGUAUCAUGAUAUUUUCAAGUCUGGUGUUCUUUGCCGAGAAGGAUGAGGAGGACACAAAGUUCAAAAGCAUUCCAGCUUCUUUCUGGUGGGCAACUAUCACGAUGACCACUGUAGGCUAUGGAGACAUUUACCCUAAAACUCUGCUCGGAAAGAUAGUUGGGGGUUUAUGCUGCAUAGCAGGAGUGCUGGUGAUAGCUCUCCCUAUUCCCAUUAUUGUAAACAACUUCUCAGAAUUCUACAAGGAGCAAAAAAGACAGGAAAAAGCACUUAAACGUAGGGAGGCCCUGGAGAGGGCAAAGAGAAAUGGUAGCAUUGUUUCCAUGAACUUGAAGGAAGCUUUUGCCCGUAGUGCAGAACUGAUGGAUGUAGUGGUGGAAAAGAAUGAGAGGCCUCAUGAUAACCACCUAUCACCGAGCCGUUGGAAAUGGACUCCAAAGAGAGCCGUUUCAGAAACGAGCUCCAACCGUUCUUUCAAUCACCACGACUUAGGAUCUCCAACCAAAGGCCGAAACAGCAGCCCCCAAAAGCUGAAUGUUCAGAAGCUGGAGGAGAUCUACACCCAAAUGGCCAAGACCCAGUCACAACCUAACCUCAACCCUAAAGGUUCCAGGGUUGGAAAGCAAAUUGACGAGAUAGAGUUGGGAGCUAUACAGGAUCACAGUCCACCAAUGCUGGCAACCAGAGACGGUGUAGGUGACAUAAAAAGUUUGUCUAGCAUUGACAGCUAUAUUAGUUGUGCUACUGACUUCCAGGAGAAUCCACGCUUCCCUCAUAGCACAGCAAUGGACCUUUGCCACAACGAAAGCAACCAGUUUUCACAUAGUCCCUCUAUAGCCCUUCCCCAGCACUCUCAGGCAAAAACAGGCCGGCAUAACACCGGUGCACCUGUGUUGACCCCCAUCACCAUUCCCAAACCCUCAUGCUCGGAAAAUGCAAGGAGGUUCUUAUUCUCUGGCCAUGCCUCAAAAAGCCUUUUCUCCAAAGGUGUCUGUCGCAAUGAGAAAGAGCCAGGACCAUCCCCACUCUCAGACAGCUCCGUCCUCUCUGACCACUCUCUGCUGAGCCCUGAAGUUUCCAUCUACACUACAGCCAGCAGUAGGACGCCGCCGAAAUCCCCAGAAAGCGGCACCCUAGCCCCAACAGUCUUCACCUUUCACGACUCUUCCAUCAGCAAAUACAUCGACGCCGACACUGAUGAUGAUGAGCACCUACGUGACAUUUCCGAUGCCAGUCCCACAGAUUGCUUACUGCGUGGCUCCAGCCCCAAACGCAGCAUCACCAUCAACUACCAGAGAGCCACUAACCAUUUGGAAACAGCCCAGAAAAUGCUGGGACAAAACUGUCUAUUCCCACGAGAAGGAAUUUGCGGGCUCCCUCAUGAGAAUCACGUGGGUCCUGAGAUGGGACGCAGACAAAAGGGAGAAAGAGGGCGUCAAAAUACUUUGGACAAAAGCCACUGA